AUGGAUCAUUUUAGUGACCUUCCGAAACUAUGUCCUGAUUUUAAAAUUGCAUCAGAAGUAAAAUGUAAGCGUACGAAAACUAAGAGUGUUGUAACCAAUGUAAUGGCUCCUCAUUUUCAUAGCAAUUUGGUCCAUAGCCUGAAGAAAGCGCCAUUUCCGUUGAUUAUCAAUGAAACCACCAACAUUUCUACAAAGAUAGAAUUAGCAUUGGUAACACGUCAAUGUAACAAGAAGACAGGGAAAGUCUCUUGUUCACUUUAUGAAUUAGUAGAACAGACUUCGGGGGAUGCUGAGGCUAUAUUUCACAGUAUUUGCUCAGUUUUAGAAAAUGAUGGCAUACCCUUCAGUAAUGUUGUUGGUUUUGCUGCUGAUACAACUAAUGUCUUGUUUGGUCAGCACAACAGCAUCGUCUCUCGUUUCAAGCAGAAAGUUUCAAACCUUUUCACCUUGCAUUGUAUUUGCCGCUGUGCACAUUUAUGUGCAUCUCAUGCAUGUGAAAAGUUGCCUCGUACUCCAGAUGAUCUCAUUCAUAAUGUUUACAACUACUUCGCCCAUAGUGCCAAAAGGCAACCUGAAUUUCAAAAAUUCCAGUACUUUGCUGAUGUCGAGCCUCACAAAAUUUUAAAAAGAUGUCAGACAAGAUGGCUGUCAUAG